AUGGCGAAGACGAAAACGAAAAACCACCAGAAGCGGGGCAAGGACAAAGAUAUUCUGCACUCGACCGCCUCUCCACUCGUCAAAUCAUCCAAACACCAAACGUCUAAACAAUCGAUAGAAGACCUUCUGAGUGAAGCAGCCGCACUCCUCGAACAGUCACAGCCGGAGAUCGCAUUGCCGCUUGCCGAAGAAGCCCUCCGCAGACUCGAGGAGGAACGGCAGCAGCAACAACAACACAACAAUUCAGACAGCGACAUUGACACGCUCCUCAAACUUGCCGCGGAAGGGCAACCUACUCUACCGGUCGCAUUGAGCCUAGAGGCAGAGAUACAACUGGCAGUUGGCGCAGUCGAUGCCGCACGCACAUCAUUCCUCCGCGCUACAGCGAUGGACCCGGAUGGAGCCUUGAUCUCCGCCGAACCAUGCCUCUGGCUUGCGCAAUUAAGUGAAGGAGGAGGAGGAGAAUCAAUUUCCUACUUCACAAAAGCGACCGAGGUCCUACGCAACGAAAUCGAGGUGUUGGAGGAUGUCUCUGACGAUGAGCAAGUAACUGAGGUGUUGAACGAAAAGCGGUCGAAACUCGCCGACGCACUUGCUGCCAUGACAGAAGUGUACAUGACGGACUUGUCCUGGGAAGCGGACGCGGAGCAACGCUGCGAAAGCUACAUUACGGAGGCGGUGGCCAUCUGCCCAGACCAACUGAGCGCAGGCGUACUGCAGACCUUGGCGAGUGUGAGAAUCAGCCAGGAGCGAUUUGAUGAUGCCCGCCAGGCUCUCAAGCGAAGUAUGGAGAUCUGGAAGGGCAUUCCAUCUGAGGUGGAAAGUGAAAGUCGGCCUGAUUUCGCAACAAGGGUCAGUCUGAGUCGAUUACUAAUGGAGGUCGAGGCGGAAGCGGAGGCAUUUGAUGUACUGCAGGGUCUGAUCCGUGAAGACGACCAGAGUGUUGAAUCCUGGUAUCUGGGCGGAUGGUGUCAGACGCUGGUAGCGGAAAAGACACAAGGGGAUGAGGAAGCGCGCAAGAAGAGCCAAGAACAAGCCAAGACAUGGUUGGAUAGUUGUCUACGGUUGUUCCGUGUCCAGCAGUAUGAGGAUGAUCGGUUGCGCGACCAUGCUUUAGAGCUGGUUCAGCAGCUGAAUACAGCUCUUGGUAUUGAGGAUCAAGUGGACGACGACGACAACGCGUGGGAAGAUGAAGAUGACGAUGAAGAAGCGGACGAUGGUGAUGACGAUUUGGAGGUGGAGGUUAAUGAACAUGAUGAUGGAGACGUGGAAAUGACGUGA